AUUUACUUUUAUAUAAAAAAAAAAUGGUUUCCGUGCCACCGAGCAUAAAAGUUGGAAGCUUCCAGUUAUAUUUUCACUUUCAACUUGCUACUUUCUGUAGAAUAUUGACAGAUCCUCUAUAACGAAGUAUCACCAUGCAGAUGAAGGCAGCCAUCUUAAUUGUGCUCGUCGCACUCUUCAUGAUCCAGCAAAGCGAAGCUGGUUGGUUGAGAAAAGCUGCCAAAUCUGUAGGAAAAUUUUACUACAAACACAAAUAUUACAUCAAAGCAGCCUGGAAAAUUGGAAGGCAUGCCUUAGGUGAUAUGACUGACGAGGAAUUCCAAGACUUUAUGAAGGAAGUUGAACAAGCCAGAGAGGAAGAGCUUCAAAGCAGACAGUGAACAUUUUCGAAGUUCGACCAAACAAAGAUCAAAUGGACGGAAAAGGAAACGACAUCGAUUUAAGAAUAUCUUUUUUCAUUGUAAACGGAAAUGCAUAAAAUAAAAAGAGGCGCCAUAUA